AUGGUCAAAUCAAGCACCAUCUUUCUGGGUCUGCGCAUUUUCGCCGUUUUAAUAUCCAUCACAGGUGCCGUUGGCUUGGGAUGGGCAACUGGGAUCCUAUAUUCUCCUGAUACGGGCCCGCUCUCUGAGGCGAUUGGAAUAUCUUCUCUCUCCAUCUCAGCAUUAUGGACUCUAAUUGCACUGAACCUGACCCUCCUUAUCGGAAAUGGCCACAUCCAUCCCGCCGCCAUCAUCACCCUCGAUUUAAUCCUGGGUUUGUACGCCGUGGCGGGUGGGAUUGUCGUGGCCAUCUCGCCGUUCGCCGACGCGAGUUGGAUCGAUUGCGGAGAGGGCCGGCGGACUUCUAUCUGCAAGGACUCAGCGGAAACCAGUGCUGUGGUCUGGCGGUUCGUUGCGGCUGCGUUUUGCUUUAUGAAUGGGUGAGUUAUCAUACGGGAUCCCAAUCGCAAUCGCAAUCAACGCUUCCUUCCCCCGCUGAGAGGAACGAACAUGG